AUGUAUCUGAAAACGCUCUUUUUGGCCCUCGCAGCGUGCACCUCUGCCUUCCCGCAGCUCAAGGUCCCUAAAGUUCAGAAGAAUGUUGCCCGGGCCAACGAGACCACCGACAGACUUGUGUUCUGCCACUUCAUGAUUGGCAUUUCGAGUAAUCGCGAGAGCGCCGACGACUACGACGCCGACAUGCAGCUAGCGAAAGACCUAGGCAUCGACGCAUUUGCCCUAAAUAUUGGAGUCGAUCCGUACACCGACACGCAGCUGGGCUACGCCUAUGAGUCGGCUGCCCGCAACGAUAUGAAGGUCUUCAUCUCGUUUGAUUUCAAUUGGUACCACACCGAUCAGGCCGCUGCCGUCGGAUCAAAGAUCGCUCAGUAUGCAAGCGAGCCUGCGCAGCUUAUGGUUGACGACAAAGUGUUUGUGUCUUCCUUUGCAGGAGACGGUAUCGACGUAGCGCAGAUCGAGUCUAGCGCUGGAACUGACAUCUUCUGGGCACCUAACUACCACCCUAACAUGGGCGACUUUGGCGAUGUUGACGGUGCGCUGAAUUGGAUGGCCUGGGACAGUGAUGGCAACAACAAGGCACCCAAGCCCGGUGCCAAUGUGACGGUUGCCGAUGGUGAUCGGGCAUAUACUGAAGCCCUAGGGGACAAGCCUUAUGUUGCGCCUGCAUCGGGCUGGUUCUUUACCCAUUUUGGAGGCGAGGUAUCGUACAGUAAGAACUGGGUGUUUCCCGGUGAUUUGCUUUGGUACAACCGCUGGCGAGAGAUUCUGGAACUCGGUCCUCGGUUUGUUGAAAUCGUUACCUGGAACGAUUACGGAGAGUCGCACUACAUUGGACCCUUGUCGUCUCCGCACACAGACGAUGGGGCUUCGAAAUGGGUAAUGGACAUGCCACACAAUGGCUGGCUCGAAAUGUCACGCCCCUUCAUCGCCGCCUACAAAGCAGGCGAGACCUCGCCGGACCAGUACAUUCAAGACGAGAAGCUGAUCUACUGGUACCGGCCGACGCCCAAAGACGUCGAGUGCGACUCAACAGACACCACCAUGGGCGGAAGCCCUGACAACUCGACUGGAAACUUCUUUCGCGGGCGUCCUGACGGGUGGGAGAUUAUGCAGGACGAAAUCUUUGUUGUCUCGCUUCUCACGUCUCCGGCCACGAUCCAAGUCACAUCUGGGGCAAAAGAGAGCAGCUUCGAGGCAUCCGCUGGAGCAAGCGCAUUCGCCAUGGAAAUGGGGGUCGGGGAGCAGACGUUUUCGGUUGUUCGCGAUGGUGAAACCGUCAUGUCUGGUACAAGUCUGAAGGAUAUUGUGGACGAGUGUGUUUGCGGCAUAUACAACUUCAAUGCGUACGUGGGGGUUGUCCCACCAGAGGAGACUGUUGACCAGCUCGAUGCGACUGGACUUGCGCUGCUGUCCGAGGGACUGAAGGCGCCUUGUCCGACCAACACCUUAGGGGCCAAUGCUUCACAGCCUACUGCAUAG